AUGGCAACGGGAGUAAAACCUCGUGAUGAAGAUUCGCAGCUCACUCGCACCGACCUUGAAGUUAUUCAAGAAGCAAUGAAAAACAAAAAAUUUCGUGACUUGUUGGUCGAUUACUGCGAGGAAGUACGUGACCCGGCGAAUCAAGCUUUGUAUCAGAAAGAAAUGACCCAGCUAGAGAAAGAACGUGGCUACGAUGUAACAUUUAUAAAUCCAAAGGGAGGCUAUGUUAUCAAAACCAGUGUCGCAGGCGACAGAAAAGCCUUUAUAAACAUAUGCAGUAAUGAAAAUAUCGACAAACCAUCCUGCAAAGUUCAUGAAGUUAAUGGCCGGAAAGGGAUGAACUGGCAGUUACCGUAUUCAAUAAUUCCUCCAAGGGAAGAUUAUGAUCACAAACGGGAGCGAUGUGUCAUUUACGACGUAGUGUUUCACCCGGAUACUUUGCGAAUGGCAGAGGUUAAUAAACAAUUUCGCGAAUUGGUAAACAAGACUGCAUGUGAAGGACUUCAAAACACUUAUAAUAUCCACUUUGAUAACAACAAUUUACGCUUCCCUAAAUCUCACUACAAGGGAAUGAAUAUGCCAGCUGUAAUAAGAAAAGAGGACCCUAAUUUUCAACCACCAACUGAGGAAGAUUCCGACGAAAUGUCUGCAGAGUUGUUAGAAAAAUUAUACCCACAGCACAAUUAUACUACUGAGAAAAAUUCUCAUGCAGAAGAAAGACUGUACCAUAAAGUGAAAAGCAGCAAAUCAGAGUUUUUGCAUGCAUCUGAUGACGGAUACACAGUACCCAAGUAUAUUAUCAAACAACAAAAAAAUGUUGAUUUUCAAGAUUACACUUAUCAUAAAGAUUGCAAGCAAUAUGCAGCUAUUCCUAGUCAUAUAGUGGUUGAAGUAAAUCUUCCUCUUCUGUCAUCUACAAAAGACUGUAUCCUUGAUGUUCAGGAAAAGUCCUUAGUUUUGAAAUCAGAAAGACCAGCAAGAUAUAAAUUAAAUAUAACCCUUCCAUACUCUGUAAAUGAUGAAUGUGGUAGUGCUAAGUUUGAUAAAAGCAGACGCACAUUGAUAGUGACUCUACCAGUGACGAAGCAAAAUAUGAACAGUGAUAAAAUGAACUCGCUUAAAUUUGAUAGUGGUGUAGAAAGUGAAGAGAACUCUGGGUCACAGAGUGAUGAAGAUGUGAGAGAAGCUAAAAUUGUUGAAAUAUCCUCAACAAAAACCGAAUCAUCAAAGAAAAUGUCUGAAGAUACUAAAUCUGUAAAUAGUUCCUUUUUCAAUGAAGCACUUGGCUACAUUUUACCUUCAUACACACAUAAUGUUUUAGAUGAUGUUGUUGCAUUCACCUUUCAUGUCAAAAACACUGAGCCAGAUUCUGUGCAAUUUGAGAGGAUUCAUAAUAAGGUGCUUCUUAAGUUUACAUCUGUCGGAUCUGGGUUUGUUCCUGUGCAUUAUGCUGCUAUAAUUAAGUUUGAAGAUAGUAUAGAAUUUGAUAAUGUGACUGGAGAGGCAUGGGAUAAUAAUGUAAUUUUACAACUUGAACUCACUGGUGAUGUUCCACAAAAAUUUGAAAUAGGCCUGAAUGAAGAUUGUAUGACAUAUGAAGAAUUUGACAUGUCUUUUGUUACUAAGAAUAAUAAAAAUUUUGUUGAUGAAGGAAAAAAAUCUGCUUCGGAAGUUACGCAGCCAAUUGUAGAAGUUACUAAUUUGGGAUCAGAGACCAACAUUCUAGUUUCUUCUCAGCAGAACGAUCUGGUGGAAGACGAUUUAGAUGAGGAUGAUAUUGAUUCUCCUAUUGAAAAAGAAAGAGAAAUUGUAUGGACUGACCAAGGGAGUUCUGACAACAAUGCAAAAAGCAUUCUUCGUAAACCAAUAUCAAUGAUGCGUAGCUUCUCUGAAUCUAGUGCUGAUGUUGCAUCAUCUAUGGAUUACAUCAGCUCUGAUUGCAUACCAGAAGAAAGUAGCUUAAAAAAGACUGUUAGAUUUAAUGAUGUCAUUGCAAGACAAUUUUAUAGGUACAAUUCAUCAAUAGAAGGCCAGAAGAAAAAGAAUCAGCGAAAGAAAAGUAAAAAACGCACCCAAGAAAGAAGAAAGAGUGAAAGUGAAGCAGAAGAUGAGAUAAUUAACUCUAAUAAGUCAUCCAAGCCCAGAUUGAAGUCCGUGUUGAAGGAGAGGCGCGAUAGCGGCUUGGCGGACACAUCAGAUGCGGAAGGCGAUUGUAAAAAUGGAACGACGAUAUAUUCUGAACUGUUGAACGUUGAAAAAGUGGACGAUAAGGACACAGAUAGAAACGUAAAUGGUGACAGUGAUACUACUGAAAGUUAUACAUUUGAAUCAAUGUUAAACAUGGUAAAUGAAAAGAGUAGUAGUGAAGAACAACAAAAAGGAACUAUAUGGAAGUCAGAUGCUGAAACAACUAAAAAGAAAACUAAGAAAACCCCUGAUCCUGUCACCUGUGAUAACAUCAAACAUAACACAAAUCUCUAUAAUCCUGAUAAGUUAAACAAAGGCCAAUAUGUAGAAAUAUCGUUCAAAAAUGAUCUCAUAUUUGAUUUGGACAUGUGA